GCCGCGAUGAACAGCUGAUCCUCCCGCAGUGGAUAAAACCAAUCACAAUGGUGACGGCCAAGUCCUGAUUCCCGAUCAUACGCGUGGCACUAUGUGAAUAGUUAUUGGAGGAGUAGACACAGGAGAAUUAUUAACCGGAAAUUAGGGUUAAGGAGUCUUUUUGGGGCGUACUAAUAUAUAUUUUUUUCGGUUUGGACCUGUCGAUCAUCAGUAUUACAGACGGACACGCUGUGCGCUCAGACUACCUGCCGCUCUUCGCUCUGCGCUCACCGACGCUCAAUUAUGUUAUUAUCAAGUUUCCUCAUUUUUACCGUCUCCUACUUUAUGGCGCCUCUGUUCCUCUGUUACCUGCCUCAAGUGUCGGCACAGAAGCCUGGGUCACGGUGGCUGAUUGGAGACAGAGACAGGGACUGUGGGAUCACCUGCUCACGGACGGGGAAGCCGGUGUGUGGUUCAGACGGGCGGAGCUAUGACAGCAACUGUGAAUUGCAGAAGGCGCGCUGCAAAGAUAAGACACUCACAUUAGCACACAGAGGCCGGUGUCGAGGUAAAAACUGGGUGUUGCCAGUGGCUCUAGCACCAACUGCUAUAUCUGAAGGGAGAGACGUGGAGCUCAAAGAUGCAGGACAGUCCAAGUGUCGUGUUGAGAGGAACCAGGCUCUGGAGCAAGCCAGAAGACCUCAGUCUUCAGAGUCCAUGUUCAUCCCAGAAUGCAAUGAAGAUGGAACAUUUGCCCAGGUCCAGUGCCAUACUCUGACCGGUUACUGCUGGUGUGUUACCAGUGAUGGCAAGCCAGUGAGUGGCUCCUCUGUGCACAACAGGACCCCAGUGUGUUCAGGAAACUUCCGUGAAUUUAUGGGAACUCAUGCUGGGACAAGUGGAUUGUCAGGGUCAGUAACUGAUAAGCCACCAGGGCCACCAAACACAGAUAGAAAAGUAGUCUCUUUCCGUUUCUUUCUCACCCUUAACCCAGAUGAUGGCUCCAAGCCCACACCCACCAUGGAGACUCAUGUCCCCCCUGAGGGUGAUGAGAUAACUGCUCCAACACUAUGGAUAAAACAGCUGGUUUACAAGGAGAACAAAAAGAACAGCUCCUCUUCCAGGAAACCAGAGAAAGUUCCCUCUUGUGACCAGGAGAGACAGAGUGCUCUGGAAGAGGCUCUGCAGAAUCCUCGUGAGGCCAUUUUCAUCCCCGACUGUGGGCCUGGAGGCCUUUACAAGGCCGUCCAGUGCCACCAGUCCACAGGCUACUGUUGGUGUGUUCUGGUGGACACGGGACGCCCCAUUCCUGGAACUUCUACCAGGUACCAGACGCCUGAGUGCGAUGGAGCUGCACGAUCUCGAGUCUCGGAUACAGAAGAAGCAUUCCAAGGCAGAGAACUGCAAGGCUGCCCUGAGGGCAAGAAAGUGGAAUUCAUUACAAGCUUGUUAGAUGCCCUCACCACAGACAUGGUGCAAGCCAUAAACUCACCAGCCCCCUCUGGUGGUGGGAGGUUUGUGGAGCCUGACCCCAGUCACACUUUAGAAGAGAGGGUGGUGCACUGGUACUUUGCCCAGUUGGAUAACAAUGGUAGUCAAGACAUCAACAAGAAGGAACUAAAGCCUUUCAAGAAGUACUUGAAGAAGAAAGCCAAACCCAAGAAAUGUGCCCGAAAGUUCACCGACUACUGUGAUCUGAAUAAGGACAAAGCCAUUUCCCUGCAGGAGCUGAAAGGCUGCCUGGGCGUCAGCAAGGAGGGUAGCUCAACAACAAGUGGCAACCAAGGGACAAGGCAAGGGACAAAUUUGUUCAUAGGACGUCUGGUGUGAGAAGAGAACGAUCAAGAAGCUGAGAUGAGAGCAGAGGGCACAGAGGGAAGGCAUCUGCACGCUUGCUGACAGGACAGAGACAGAUGGAGCAGAAAAAUUAAGAAGUUCCUGAGUUUUGUAAAUGAACAGAAAAAAAAUGGAAAAGAAAAACAAAGUGGCACCAAAAUAUUUGCACUUUCUUCUCCCUAUGUUUGACAUUUUAUUUGUUUUUAUGUUUUUUUUCCUGUCUUGAAGUGACUGAAAAAUAUCUAGGUAAGAAUGAGAAUAUAUUUGCAAAGAUGACAGGCUCACCACUGGAAGAGCAAGUAUGUGUAUAUUACCACAAUUCUCUGUGUGUUAAGUCUGAUGUUUUGAUUCCUUCUGUGUGUCCUCACGAGGUACUAAUACACAUUUAAUUGCCAUGUGAAUUAAAAUUACAGGCCCUUUGUUACAAAAAGCAGCACACAGGUCAGUGGAAACCUAUAAAAGAGGAUCUUGCCGUGAGUCACAUGCAAAAAAGAAUGGUGCUUAUUUAAAACGCACUCUACAAGUCAGUCUAGAACAACUAAAACAAAUGUGUAAUGUUCUAUGUGAAGAAGCAACAAUUAUGUGAGUGGCAUGUAUCGGAAUUAAACUGUGAGUUGAGUCUAUGGAUCAUCAGCACAGAAUUAGCUGCGUGAAUCCUGCACAAAACCUUCUCGAUACAUUAACAUUUUGGAUAUCUGGUUUUUGUCAAGUGUCAUGCACGCACCGGUGUCGGACAGUGGUAGCUAAGUGGAUGUCACUUUUUUUUUACCCAAUUACUUUUUCUACAACCCCAAAACAUUGCAAAAACACUCUUCUUCACUAUUCAUAAUUUAUUUUCACAUUCUGUAGUAUCAAAAAAAGAGAAUUUACAAC